CUCUCACCUCAAAUUAGUAUGUAUAGUUGACACAAGUAGACGGGGAACUUAACAUUAUAUGUUACACAAUCGGGGGCUCUCCCAGCUGUUACCCUAGCCCUUCUCUGCUUUCUUUUUUUCUCUAAGGUAUGGUUUUCUCUAUUAAGUCUCAGAUAAGCUGUGCCCCAGGUCAAGUACUCAUUAAUGUCACAGUCUUCAGCUGGGGGACAGGUGGGCAGGAAUCCUUAAGCAUGGCGGGAAAGCCCAAGCUUCACUACUUCAAUGGACGAGGCAGAAUGGAGUCCAUCAGGUGGCUCUUGGCUGCAGCAGGAGUAGAGUUUGAAGAGGAACUUUUUGAAACACGUGAAGAAUUUGAGAAAUUAAUCCAAGGUGGAACUCUGAUGUAUGAACAAGUGCCCAUGGUCGAAAUUGAUGGAAUGAAUUUGGUAGAAACGAGAGCCAUCCUAAGAUACUUAGCUGCAAAAUACAACUUGUAUGGAAGGAAUAUACAGGAACAAGCCUGGAUUGACAUGUAUGUAGAGGGCUUGAAGGACCUCAGUGACAUGAUUAUGUUCUUUCCACUCUCCCUGCCUGGAGAAAAGGAGAUGAAUCUUGAAUACAUCCUUGAAAGAGCCACUACAAAAUUCUUCCCUGUCUAUGAGAAGGCACUAAGAGAUCAUGGGCAAGAUUUUCUUGUGGGCAAUCGGCUGAGCUGGGCUGAUAUACAGCUCCUUGAAGUCAUCCUAAUGGCUGAAGAAUGCAAACCCAGUGUCCUCACAGGCUUUCCUCUGCUACAGGAAUUCAAGGCCAGAAUAAGCUACAUUCCCACAAUUCAAAAAUUUCUCCAGCCUGGAAGCCAAAGGAAGCCUCCACUAGAUGAAAGCUCCAUUGAGAGCGUGAAGAACAUAUUCAAAUUUGAACGUGGCAUGUUUCUCAAAAACAUGAGCACUAUAGUAGCCGAGUAUUAAAAAAUGAAGAGGGCUAGAGAAUUUGGCAAAUGUUUCACUUUGCAUUUGUAGCAGUGCUCAGGAAGAUAUCAUGAGGCCACUUUAAUAAAGUAAUAAGAAGCAAAAGGAAAUAAACUAAUACUUUGUAAAUCGGACAACCCUUUUUCAUAAAACAAUAAAACACCAAUCACUCAUCAAAA